CACAAAUUCCCUCUCCAGAAUCCAGAAAAGAACAAUUAAGAUAUUUUCAAAAUGGAAAGUUCCCAAGCCAAAGCUUUUUGCCUUCCUCACCAAACUGUGAUUUCCUGAUGUUCUUGAAGGUAGUGUACACCAGAUUCUUCCAUUCUUAUUUUGAAUGUAGUUUUUUUGUGUUUGUGUGAUUUGUUUUUCAGCCUGGGUUGCAGGCUAACAACCCGACUUAUACUGCCCAAUUUGACAGCUCAUUGUUAUUUUAGUUUCAACAUACACAUAAACUGGACUUACAAUUCCAGAAAAACUAAAGGCUCAAGAAUGGGGCUGAGCACACACUGUGUGCUAAGGAAAGAAUAUUUGGAUUGAAUCGAACCCCCUGCAGAACGUGGACUAUUCAGAGACACUGAAUUUGGCCUCGGGUGAAUAACUGCCUUGGGUUGGCCAACUAGCAGUCAACAGCAAUGAGCCAAAAGAGACAAACCAAGUUUCAAAAUGUCAAACCAAAGACUUCAGAAUAUAGCUCAGCUAAAUGUGAGAAAGGAAUGGUUGACAAUGGUGAAGAGAUUUUUGAUGCAGUUGGGAGAUCGAAAUUUGUUCUAAAGAACCUUCGGCAUUACACAGUCCAUCCAAAUUUGGCCCAGUACUAUAAGCCUUUAAAGGCCACUGCGCUACAGAAAUUCCUGGCUCAAAACAAGAAAACCACAAGCUUCAUGUUAAAAGUAACAGAGUAUGACCAGGAUAAGACCUUACUGAUUAUGACCAACAACCCACCUCCCUGCUCAAUGACCCAGCAAGACAAGGAGAGUGCAUCAAAAUACUUUUCCAAGGAGUUACUGCUUGAGAUCAUGGAAAGUCAUCAUCAGCACAAACCCACUGAGAACCCCUGGCUGCCCUUCAUGCCUCAGAAAAAAAAGUUAAGAUCUAAGCUGAAACCAAUUUUCCCUUUGAUACUGUCGGACGAUCCCACAUCCACACGAGAACAAUGGUUUAGGUUUUCCACCGACAAUGAUUUCAAGAGCGAAGGGAAGUAUUCAAAAGUCUACGCUUUGAGGACACAGAAAAAAAUGUACCCUCAGCUCACCUUUGCUCCAGUCCAUGAGAGAGAGAUGAGGAAAGAUGCCUCCAAGAAGUUAGCGAGUGAAAGGCUGAUUUCCAAGGUGAUUCAGGAACCACUGACACUCGCAUCGCUCCUGGAAGAGAUGCCCACCAGAACUGCGCCCGGGGAGAGCGCCUUCCGCAACGGGAGGGCCCCGCAGUGGAUAAUCAAAAAGGCCACGGUCACUGGGUGAACACAGACCCUUCAGGCUUCCCGCCUCGCUCUUCUGAGACUGAGGGGUCCGCAUAAGUCGCCAAUGAAAUAAACCCACAUUCCUGCUGCCGCCAGCGUGGGCUCCCGGGUCGCCGGCCGGGCGGGUAGCGCCUAAGCCUUGGCCGGGCCGCGGAAGAAGGAGAAGGCGUGGCUGCGUCCCGGGGGAGCCGAGGGCGGCCGGGGAGGGCGGGCCUUGGCCCCGAGUGACGGCGCGGCGGCCCAACCGGCGUGAGAGCGCGGGGCCGGCCUUCCUGCAGCCUCUUCCGCUCGCCCGCUGCGGCGCCUGGGACGGUUGCGGUGGGUCUGGGCGCUGGGAAGUCGUCCAAGAUGAUUAAAAAAUUCGACAAGAA